AACCACAAAGAAUGCCAACCAUAAUGGUGAUAUGUAUUUAGCUAUUCCCAAGUAAAAUGGUUUUGCGCACAGGUGGAGGCUCAGAAUGGAUUAUCAGUAUAAAGGAUUUUUUAAAUUUUAUUUUAUUAUAAUAUUUAUAUUUUUGCGGUUUCAUAUUAUACCUAAAUCUAAAUCUCCCCUAUCUUCGAAAUAAGCAGGUGCCAGCCAGAUUCAUGUCGAAAAUGUCUUUCUUCCAAGGUCAGUCUAUGAAUGACGCCCUGCUGAAAGCCGUUCUCCGCACAUCUUUGUGUCUGCAAUGGCACAGCUGUACCACCAGAGGACCUCUUCUCUAUAUUCCUUCCCCACAGGGUUCCUCAUGCGUUCGCAUACCUUCCCCCCCACCCCGCUCACUCCCUCGCCGGGACACGAACGCUAACACCGGCUGAGCAAAGUAUUGUCAGUCUGUCAGUGCCUAGCUAACACCAAAAGAGGAAAAGGAGAUAUCUAGAUCCGAGGCAGGAUAAAAUCAGACCGUCUCACCCAGCACUGAAUUCAAGUGACCACUCUCAAGCAGUGGUCUCAAGCAGUGUCCCGCCCACAGCACUAUCUGAUUGGUUACACAUCACGAGUAAUAGCCUAUCAACACUGAAGGCUACUGUGCCACAGACAGGCACAGAGGAACACAUUUGCAGACUGGAGCAGCUCCAGUGAGUGGAGCUGUGUUUCGAAGAUACCACAAACCACACGUGGCUGCUGACAAAGACUGAAUGACGCAGUAGCAGACUCAUUGGCUGACACACUAAUACAGUGACCAACUAACACACUGACUGAAAAAGACCCUAAUACAUUGACAAAGGCACUGACACCUCAACCGACUAACAAACUGACACACUGACUGACGAACAUACUAGCACAGCAACAGACUGACACAUUGCCAUACAGAAAAAUCUGACUGACCUGAGGAUCCUGCAUAAAUGGCUGAUAAACAGAUCAGUUUGCCUGCCAAGUUGAUCAAUGGUGGGAUCGCAGGGCUAAUAGGGGUAACCUGUGUAUUUCCCAUUGACCUGGCCAAGACCCGCCUCCAGAACCAGCAAAAUGGAUCCCGCCUCUACACCAGCAUGUCAGACUGCCUUAUCAAGACCAUCCGAUCGGAGGGCUACUUUGGCAUGUAUAGAGGAGCUGCUGUGAACCUGACUCUAGUCACCCCAGAGAAAGCCAUCAAAUUGGCUGCAAAUGAUUUCUUCAGACAUCACCUCUCCAAAGAUGGUCAGAAGCUCACUUUACUUAAAGAGAUGCUGGCAGGCUGUGGGGCAGGGACGUGCCAGGUCAUUGUCACCACUCCUAUGGAGAUGCUGAAAAUCCAGCUACAGGACGCAGGGCGAGUAGCGGCCCAACGAAAGCUGAUGCCAGAGGCAAUGAGCUCAGCACCAGGAGGCCCAGUGGAGGUGAAGUCUCCCACAGCCAUGCAAAUCACACGAGAAUUACUGAGGAGUAAAGGCAUUGCUGGGCUCUACAAGGGCCUGGGGGCCACACUGCUCAGGGAUGUGCCGUUCUCCAUCAUCUAUUUUCCUCUCUUUGCCAACUUGAACAACCUGGGCCGGCAUGGAGCAGAAGGCCCUGCCCCCUUCUACGUGUCAUUUGCCUCAGGCUGCAUUGCAGGGAGUACGGCUGCAGUUGCAGUCAACCCAGUGGACGUAAUAAAGACCAGGCUACAGUCUCUGACACGAGGCAGUCAAGAGGACACUUAUACAGGUGUGACCGACUGCAUCAGAAAGAUCCUUCAGCGUGAGGGUCCCUCUGCCUUCCUCAAGGGGGCGUACUGCCGCGCCCUGGUCAUAGCGCCGCUCUUUGGUAUUGCGCAGGUGGUUUAUUUCCUGGGUGUGGGGGAGUUUAUCCUCAGCUUCCUGCCUAAGCGGGACAACUAACACAUCCCCUCUCCAUCAUGCUCUACACCAACUGAAUUUGGUUCAUAGAAGGCUUGCAUGGUAUUAGGGGUUGGGUACAGAAAGAUAUGGACCAGCUCAUAUUUGUGUAGUGGUGUUUUUUCUUUAAUGUUGUACUUUUUGCAGUCUGUGCAGUGAGUUGAUGUUAUGCAAAGCUGCUUAGGCCGAAAGACUUGGUUCCUCUCUUACUCCCUAUCUCCAUAAUCUAGUUGACCUAAAUUUUCUGUAUGAAAUUAGUAGCAUACAGAGAUGCACAUCUCCAGUCUUGGGUGACCACACAUAUUCCAUCAAUAAUUCCCACUUAACUGGUCUCUUCAUAACAGCUUCUGAAGAGCAAAAGGUUCAUUUCAGUCAAUCAGACAUUUGCUGAGAACGAUAUAAAAAGGACUCCAAGGUUAGUGGGGAGUGCUCCAGCAUUGUUAAUAUAAAACAAGCUCUUAAUUCAUUAACCCAAGGGUGGAGCUCUGAUUUGCACAGAAUAUACAUUGAUUAUGAAAUGGGCUGUAAUGCAUCCCACCAUGCACUGCAGCCAUAGGCCAAGGCUGACACCUUUCAUCAGGCUGUCCCAGCCCCUAAUUUAAAUACAGUGGAUUGGAUACCCCCUCAGAACAGGAAAUAAAUGUAAGCCAUUCUAACUGUAAGCCUCUAAGACUAAACCUUAAUGAGCCUAUGAGAAAGUUCUUAUAAACCUUUAUGAGCCUAUGGGAACAUUGUUAUUAAUCAUCAGUAGCCUAUAGGAGAGUUCAUACAAAUCUUCAUUAACUUAUGGGAAUGUUCUUAUCAAUCCUCAUUACCCCAUGGGAAAGUCCUUAAUAAACCUUCAUUAACGUAUGGGAAUAUUCUUAUCAAUCCUCAGUUGCCUAUAGGUGACUUCUUAUAGACCUACAUUAGCUUAUGGGAGAAAUUCUUCUAAAUGCUUAUCAGCCCAUGAGAAAGUUCCCACAAACCCUUAUUAGAGUAUGGGAAAGUUCUUAUCAGUUCUUAUUAGACUAUGGGUAAAUUCUUAUUAUUUAUUUACUUAUUUACUUAUUAACUUUCAUUCGCCUAUGAGAAUGUUCCUAUCAAUCCUUGUUAGCCUAGAGGGAAGUUCUUAUAAAUCUUCAUUAGCCCCUGGGAACAUUUUUGAAAUUCUCAGUAGCCCAUGGGAAUGUUCUCAUAAAUCUUUAUUACAGUGGGGAAAGGAAAGGGCUCAUCCAAUCACAUGUAUGUAUAUUGGGGGAAAGGACAGGGCUCAUCCAAUCCCACAUAUGUAUAUUGGGGGAAAGGACAGGGCUUAUCCAAACCCAUGUAUGUGUAUUGGGGGGAAAGGACGGGGUUUAUCCAAUUCCAUUCAUGUGUAUUGAGGAAAGGACAGGAUGUAUCCGAUACCCUCUAUGUACAAUCAAGAGCCAUACCUGCAAACACUGGGACACAGUGCUCAGGUUAGACUCUGAAUACUUUCUGCCCCAAUAAACAAUCAAAGAUCAGCUUACGCCCUCAUCACCUCACUCUGCCAGCUAAUGAAAUAGUUGAACCUGAUCAAAGAUCAGUGCUUGUGGGCAGAAACCAAACAACCUUUGCUUAGGUUAGAUAAUUUUUUGAAUUUUUUGACUCUGCAAUCAGCCAGACCAUUGCCUCUUUUGGGUUUUCCGUGAUGUUCCAAGCAAUACGUUUUAUGGAAGAAUAAGAUGCAUUCCAAAUGCAGGUGUUGAAAUAUGCAUUUGAAUUUGGACUUAACCAUACUGAGAUCAAAGCAUGCAAAAACCAAAUUUGAAAACAAAUGGCAUAGUCAUUAUGACUGAAAUAUAAUUGUACCAAAUGCAAAAUUAAUUGUAUUGAAAGCAUUUCAUAAAUGUAUAUAAGGUCUCCAAUGAAUGUCUUUAUAGGAAACGUCCUAGGGUACAAGUGUUGGAAACUUUGGUGUCUACAAGUAUAUAUCAUAUCCUCGUAGCUUAAACUCCUGCAAUUUUAAAAGGAAUGCAAUUUUACAGUUGCUUUGUGAUUUCAAAUGUAAUUUUGCCAUUUACUAUAUGAUAUUGGAGCAAAACUUAUCCAUUUAUCAAUCUAUAUCCCUUUCUAUAUUUCUCUCUAUACAUUUGUAUCUAUCAGUUGAGUGCAUUUGUCUGUGUCCACCUAACUAUAUUGUAUAUACACAAAAUUAUGAAUUUUAUGUUGUAUUAUAUAUUUCAUUUUUUACAUGAUGGCUUAUUUGCACACCUACCUCUCCCAGCUCCUGUCUCACUCCUCGUGGUAGUGGUGUUGUGGUUCUGUUAAUACUGCAGCUGGAAGUGAAGCAGUACUUUACCAGUACUAAGGACAUAAAGUUUGAGCUCAAGGUAUGUAAAAGGGUGUGAUCAGACUUGGUAUGCAAUUGGGAGUGAUGCUGAUUUUGCUUUAAACUGACUAUCUAACACCUCUCCUUUAGGGGGCACUUUGUGGGGAUGUUGUGUUUAUGUGGAAUGUUGCCAUGGUAACAUUCUGUCUGUCAGUGACCAAACAGUGUACAGUCUUACCUCUGGAGUUGUACCCCAUUCGCCAUGUGAUUGGUUCUUGCUGCUGGGUAAUUCCAUUAAAGCAAUAGCCAAUCUGCUGUGUGGCUGUUGUCAACCACUGCCCUUCCUGAACCAGGAGGAACAGACCAUAAAAGCAAGUGUGUGUGUUACAGAGGAAGGAAGCAGGUUUGACCUCCAAAGUGUUCAGGUUUACAGAGGUUUCCUACAGUAUGUGGCUGAAAAUUUAAUUCUGCUUUCGAUGUGGCUGGGUGUAAGUAGAGCUGCCUAAAUUGGAUAGACCAAGAAACAUGUGAGGGAGUGUUAUCACCUUGCAUCCACAAUCAAGCAGUGCCUGGUUAGUGGAAGAAUGAAGAUGGCCAACCCUUUGACCUUUAUUACCCUAGCUUAUUUUGUUUUUAUUUCGCAGAACAUUCCAACUGCAAACUCAUCUCAUAUUAUUGUCAUUAUCUUUGUGCGUAUUCUUGUUGUUCGAGUUCUUGAGAUUGUGGCUCUUAACCUUAAAUGUGUCUAUUUGUUUUAUUAGCUGUGAAUUUCAACAGAAUAUUUGAAACUGGUUGUGUAAGUGGGUUGUGUGUCAGAGUGCGUGUGGUGCGGUAUACACUUGUGUUAAGUGCUGAAGUAGAGCAGGGCUGAGAGAGUUUAUUCCUCCCUAAGUCGUCAGCUCUUUCCCCCUUCUACCCCACUCCUCCAUCACUCUGUUAUUCUCUCUGUCUUGCUACCUCUCUUUCUCUCUAUCAAUACUGAGGCAGAUUCUGAGGUUUUGUAAACACCAAAACAAAAAUGAAACAAUGAAAAAAGCACAAAGAAAGAUGUGACACAAGAAUACAAACACACAAUUGGUGACCCAGUUAGAAAUGUAGGACUAUGAUCAUCAUACAGAGAACUAUUACCGCAGUGCAGUCAAUUUGAAGCUGAACUUAGUUUAUUAGACAUUGCCCAACAAUUUUAACAUAAAAUAUUUUUGGAACGUCUCAGUAGCAACGCUGAGGUUUGUAUAUUAGCAGGGUUGCUUACGUGUCUGCAAGGCUAUUAGGGGCAUACCCAAGCAGACACACACAACAUCACAAGUAAAUCUGCAAAGCACAUUUACAUGCGCACACCAAGCAUAUUCGUGCAACUAUGUUGCUGUUCCAAACAUAGGAAAUUGUUCCCAUGGCGCCUUUGUUCUCUUCCUCCAAGAGGAGCUGUGCAUAGAAGCACUUUAUAAACACAGCUUUCCCUCCCUCUAGUGUGUGUGUGUGUUUGAUGGAGGUGGUCAUGAGUAAAUGUGUGUGUGUGAAACAACAAUACUGUGAUUGUCAUGUCAUUGUUUACCAUGUGAGUAAAACAAAUACACUAAAAAGUGGCAUUCCUUUGGCACAGAUUUC